AUGGCCUCCUGGUACUCCAACAUCCUCACCACCACCACCUCCCGCAUCUCCAACCUCCGCUCCACCCUGCUGGGCGGCGACGCCGACGGCGACACCGAAGACGACACCCAUGUCUGCCGCGUCCUCCGCGCCUACUACACCGAAAAGGGCCGCAGCUUUCCGCAGUGGCUGCCGCCCGAUCCCAAGGCGCCGCCGCCGCCCGUCGCUACGGUCGUCCCGUCCGGCCCGGGCGUGGGCUCCCGCUACGGCGGCGCCGCUCUGAGUGGCGGCGGUGGCGGUGCGCCGCCGAGCAGCAGCCUGUCCUCGCUCUGGGACAGCAAUGCCAAUGCCGCACAGGUGCAGCCCGUGGGCGGCUCCUUGCGGCAGACGGCCCGCGUCGGCGGCGUGCAGGGCAACCGCCUCUCUCCCUUUAGCAACCGCAACAGCGACCCGCCGGCGUCGGGCGGCCCUGGUGGCCCCGGCCCCCGGCCCCUGCCGAGCCAGCGCAUGGGCAGCUACCAGAGCACGCAGAGUGCGGCCGGCGCUCUCGACCGGAACAGCGGUGGUGGCGGUGGCACACCGGCAGGCUCGGCACAGGACAAGCUGCGGAAUCUGUUCAGCAGCGGCGGCGGGAGCGGCGGCGGCAGUGCAGGCGGCAGCCGGUCGCAGAGUCCAGCACAGUAUGGCGGUAGUGGAGGUGGAGGAGGCGCCUCGUACAGCCGCGGCGGCGGCGGUGGUGGCUACGGAGGUGGUGGCGGAAGCAGUGGUGGUGGUAGUGGCUAUGGCAGCGGCGGCGGCGGCGGCGGGGGUGAUCGUCCUUUUGUUGCAGCCAACGCGCCAUGGGCAACGGACGGUUACGAGUACGCGGGCGGAGGUCGAUCUUCAGGCGGCCUGCCCAGUGGACCACGGCGUGCUGGUGGGGGCUUGCCGAGCGGUCCUCGUAUGCGGUGA